CUGGUCGCUUUUUGGUAAGGACGCGCUGCGGGCCGCGUUAAGGGAUGUGGUGUGCGAAGAGGUAAAAGUAAAAGGCGAGAAGGAUUCUACUUCCGCAGCCGAUGCGAAGGACCUGGAGAAAAAACAAGCAGCGGAGCACGAGCAGCCGAAAAAUCGAGCGGGGGCGCGGCAGGGGGCGCAUCUUUCGUUGUUGCAGACGAAGAAUAAAUUUCGCGGCUCGACAAGCACCUCGACUGCAGAAGACUGGAGGCGUGGGGCGGUAACAAGUACACUUUCGCCACGGGUGCCGGCUUUGUCUAAAGUGGAAACCGCUCCUCGUGAAUACCAGCAGUUCAAGUUUUUGGACGUUGUUGGCGGUGGAAAUGAAGAUGUUGAUGAGCAUCAAGACGAGAUCUUCUCAGCGGCGUUGGAACAGUGUGCCGCCGAGCUCUCGAAAAUGAAUCUCGCGGUUGGGCAUAUUUCGCCCGCGCUGCAGAAAUCUUCCGGGAAACGCAGCGAUGCUACAGCGUUGAAGCGCCGAAAAUUGACACAUCUUGGUGUGCUCGCACGUCCUUUCUCGCGCUUGCCGCGCAGGAAAACUCGUGGCGAUCCCAGCCUCACGGAGAAAAGUAGAAAGGGAAAAAUGCCGUAUCAGGAAAAAGUGCGCAACGGCAGCGGCCACGAACGCGGAAAGAAAGCGGUACGAGAACGCAGAAGCUUUUGGGCGCGGGACCAGUUUUGCAGCCUGCGAAGAUCUGAAGAUCCCGUCGAGGUGGAUAUUAGUGCUGCACAAGCGGAUCGGGGUACAUCAACAUCCGGUGUUUUGAAUCCAGUAGGACGAGCAUCCUCCAAUGGGAAGGUUUCGACUUCGUCCUCCGCGGCGGCAGCCUCCCCCUGCCCGUUGACAGACUUUCUUCUCGAGGGCGUCGCGGCUUUUGAGGCGCGCCAUGCGGGUUUUGUGCCGAGGGGGAACGCGCGUUUCGACGUGCGGCGCCAGUUGGUUCACGUGGGCGAGGACAGCGUGCGGCAGGGACUGGCCGGCCUGCUGAAUGCGCUUGAAAUCGCCGAGGAGGUCAUCGACGAGCUGAGCGACUUGCUGGACUUGAAGGACGAUGUUCUUGCGAAAGGAGUCACAUCUACUUCGUCCGGUGCUGUAGACGAGCGGAGUAAGAAGAAGACGAAAAAUACCGCCGCCCUCCGGAAAGAUGAACAAAAACGACAGCAGGCACGGUUAGAGGCGAAGCUCCGGAGGCUCAAGUUUCUGACGGAGGUUCAGCGCGAGGGGAGGGAGAGGAAGGACGGAAUGGUGGGAACCGCGGAGCGAGAAACUUGGUUGGACUAUUUGAAAACCGGCACUUUGGAGAUUACGGCGGCAUAUGCCGCAAUGUUCAUCGUCAUGAAGGUCUACCAGCAUCCUGUGGUUCUGCGAGUGCCGCGACGCGCCCUUUCGAAUCCAGUUUUCCUCACGUUCGGAAACCUGUGAGGAGUGCGGAGAAAGGAACCGAUCCAGUGAAAGAACUACUGUGACGGAGAAGGAUCAUGAAACUGUACGGAUUAUGAUCCAGCGCCCGGCCGGAAUCUGUGCUCACAUCAUCCCGCCAGUAGCCACAAUCCACCGCUCUUCUACGUAUACUAGAAGGGUCAUGAUCAUGCUACGGGACGAGAGCGGCAUUCGGCGGUAGUUCUCGGUUGUGUUGCUGUUUUCAUUUGCUACUACAACUGCAUGGACGCACUUGCAUUGCUGUACUAGGCUUUUUAUAUUUCGUGCAGUAUAGUACUGCAGCUUGUUGAUGACGCUAUCGCUAGCCUAGGCCUCUUCUAACGAAACUAUUUUAUCGAAGCCGUCACUUGACUUGUACUUUUUUUCGCGCCGCAAUGGCUGGCAAUCAAGACGGCAGAAGGUCAUUUUCGCUGGUGCCUCUGGAUGAUGUAGAAGUGGCAGGUCACUGUUUUUCGCAUUUCUUGAGCACAAAAAAUUUACGCUUUUAUGAUUCAUUUAUAACUCUUGUUCGAAAUCGAAUCAAGGACCUCUUUUUCAUAGCACUACGACAGCUGCAUUUAGGGAAUACAUACCAUAUGACGCAAAAAAUUGUUGGAGUAACAAGCGGCAGCUUUUUAUGUCUCUGAACUUUUUUUGUUUUAUUUCAUUUUUUCGCGCACAUAGUUCUUUAAGUUCUUCUGCUCUACUGGAGGUCGCGAAUUUAUUUGCUCCGCAGUGCUGGUGAAUAACAAGAACUAUUUGAUUCAACGGAAAACAUAUCAAAAUGAUGUUUAGAAAGUAUGUUGAACAAGACAAAACGCAAAAGAUAAGUACGUUGCUUCUUGCUCGGUUUGUACAACGUUAUUUGAUGCACGACCCGUGGUACUUACAAGAACAGUGUCAAAC